AUGUGGUUCCUAUCGAUUCUGUUUUCCAUUGCCGGUUCUUCAACCAACUUGUUCUUUUCCCUACGAUACCCUAGCGUCAGCCUUACUCCUAUUAUUGCACUACUACUCGUCCACCCCCUCGGUCUACUCUGGGACCAACUCUUCAAACGACACGACGAUCCUGAAGAAACCUUUGUCGAUGGUUGCUCGCAAACAACAUCGCAUCCUCCACAGGCAAAAGCCACUUGGAAACGCCGGUUACGGCUCUGGCUAGGCCAAGGCCGUUGGAAUGAGAAGGAACACUGUUGCGUAUAUGUCAGCAGUAAUGUAUCCUUCGGCUUUGCCUUUGCGACAGAUGUCAUCGUUGAGCAAGUAAAGUUCUACAAGCAAGACCUUGGCAUCAUGUACCAAGUAUUGCUUAUCCUCUCCACACAAAUACUUGGCUACUCCCUCGCCGGUAUCACCAGACGUUACCUGGUCCGACCCAGCGGCAUGAUCUGGCCGAGCACACUCGUAUCUACCGCCAUGUUCACCGCGUUACAUAAAGAUGAGAACAAGCCUGCCGAUGGCUGGACCAUCGCUCCACGCAAGUUCUUCUCGCGCAUAUUCCUAGGAUCCGUUGCGUUCUACUUCCUACCUGGUCUCCUAUUCCCAGCAUUGAGUUAUUUCAAUGUCAUCACCUGGUUCGCGCCAAAGAGCGUUGUUGUUGCCAACCUGUUCGGAAUCUCAUCUGGUCUUGGAUUGUUCCCAGUGACUUUCGAUUGGGCGCAAAUCGCAUACAUUGGCUCCCCGUUGAUUACGCCAUUCUGGGCUGCUAUGAACAUUCUUGGAGGCCUUGUAGGCGUGAUGUGGAUCGCAGCGCCUAUCAUGUACUACAAGAACGUCCUCUACUCUUCCUACAUGCCCAUCCUAUCAUCCGCUGUAUGGGAUAAUCGCGGCAAGCCGUACGACGUCAGCAAGAUCUUGACCGAGAACUUCCUCUUUGACGAAGAAGCGUACAAGCAAUACAGCCGCGUCUACCUCCCGAUUACAUACGUAUUGAGCUACGCCCUACAGUUCGCCGGUCUUACAGCUCUGCUUUCGCACACUGGCCUUUGGUACGGGAAGGAUAUCUGGAGGCAAUGGCGUCGCUCUUGGGCUGAGAUCCGGAAGGAAUCAGGAGCUGACUACCAGCCACUUGUGAAUGGUACCGACAACAACAGCCAACCAACUUCCCCUGCAAUGUUGCGACACAGGCCCAGUACGACUUCAGAUCCAGACGUGGAAGACUUGCUAUCUGCAGAAGAUGUGCACAAUCGACUCAUGCGCAAAUACGAGGACGUGCCGAUAACUUGGUACCUUUUGACUGGCAUCAGUAUGGCCGCAGUUGGCAUGUUCGUCGUCGAGUACUACCCCGUCCAUCUACCCUGGUACGGCCUCUUGCUAGCACUUGGCAUCGGUGCAGUCCUCUUCGUCCCCAUCGGCAUCGUCAUGGCCAUCACGAACCAGCAAAGUAGCAUCUAUCUCAUCUGCCAACUGAUAUGCGGCGUUGUGUUCCCCGGUCGACCCGUCGCAAACAUGGUCUUCACAACCUUUGGCUACAUCUCAGCAACCCAGGGCCUAAAGUUUGCUUCCGAUCUCAAGCUCGGCCAUUACAUGAAGAUCCCACCUAGAAUCCUCUUCAAGCUCCAACUCUCCGUCACCAUCAUCUCCAGCCUAACACAGAUCGGCGUGCUAAACUGGAUGCUAAACAACAUCCCCGGUAUCUGCACACCCUCGGCCAUCAACGGCUUCAACUGCCCCAUCGCCCGCGUUCACUUCAACGGAAGUAUCCUCUGGGGUGUCGUCGGUCCAGGAAAGUUCUUCGGUCCCGGCGCACUCUACCAACACUUGAUCUGGGCCUUCCCCAUUGGCGCCAUCGCGCCCGUCAUACUCUGGUACCUCGCCCGCGGCAGCCGCAAGUCCAUUCUCAGUAAAGUCAACCUCGCCGUGGUGUUUGGUAGCUUGAGCUGGAUUCCACCAGCCACCGGACUCAACUUCUCGGUUUGGGCGAUUGUGUGUUACAUCUUCAACUACGAGAUCCGCAAUCGAAGAAAUGCCUGGUGGAAGAAAUACAACAUGAUGCUUAGCGCGGCUUUGGACUCUGGCCUUGCGUUUGGUGUUGUGGUCAUCUUCUUUGGCAUUGUGUACCCCGGUUGGAUGAGCAACUUCAAGUGGUGGGGUACGGAAGUUUACAAACAGGGUUGUGACUGGCAAGCCUGCCCGUACAAGGAAGUACGCAAAGGCGAGACCUUUGGACCUGGGAGUUGGUGA